AUGUCCGUGUCCAAACCAGGCCUCGAGCCUGCUGCGGGCUUGUCGCUUGAGUCCAAAGCAAACCGGCCUGAUCGUGUGCCUCAACAGAAGGGGGAAUAUUCAAUUGCCUCGCGUGCCCUGGCAUUAUCCACGUACUUUCUAUCAGGGGCGCUAGCCAUCAACCUCUCGCAGUUCUUGGGUACUCCUCUGUAUCUGGUCAACCAGGAUUGGUACAAUGCAUGGAUUGCCUUCACCAAGCAGUCCUUUGGGCUGCUCACAAUGUCCUUGACCCAGACCUUUGCACCAACCAAGGUCAUUAUCUCCGGCGACGCUACGGUUCGAGGUCAACUGUUGCAAUCGACCGAUGGCAACCUGGUCCUCGACUUCCCCGAACGGCUCAUCAUGAUUGCAAAUCAUCAGAUCUAUACCGACUGGUUGUAUCUGUGGUGGAUCGCAUACUGUAAUGGCAUGCACGGUCGGCUAUACAUCAUCCUCAAGGAGUCCCUCAAGAAGAUUCCUGUGCUAGGAUGGGGGAUGCAACUCAACCAAUUCAUUUUCCUCAAACGGAAGUGGGAGGAAGACAGGCCCAGCAUGGCUAGUGCUCUACAACGACUCAACAACCCUACAGAUCCAAUGUGGCUGCUGUUGUUUCCUGAGGGCACGAAUUUAGCCCCAAGUACCCGGGCGACAAGUGCGGCGUGGGCGAAGAAGAACAACAUGCCCGAUAUGAAGCAUGUACUCUUACCACGAAGUACAGGGUUGCACUUCUGCCUAGAAGAACUCAAAGGAACAGUCGAUUAUGUCUAUGACUGCACCGUAGCCUACGAGGGCGUUCCACGCGGGCAGUACGCACAAGACAUCUUCACACUCAAGGCUGGCUACCUCGAAGGUCGACCCCCAAAGUCUGUGAGCAUGCACUGGCGUCGCUUCGCUGUCAAAGAUAUUCCCCUACACAACGAUAAAGCCUUUGAGCUCUGGCUCAUUGCCCGGUGGCGGGAGAAGGAUCUUCUCAUCGAACAGUACCUCCAGACAGGUCAUUUCCCUGCCGACACGGGCGCGACAAGGUACAAAUCUGGCAAGAUUCUACGAGGCUGCGGACAUAUGGAAGUUCCUAUACGAGCGAGCCAUUGGUACGAGUUUCUGCAAAUCUUCGCUCCAAUGGGCAUCCUAGCUAUGGUUCUGUAUAUCUUCUACGGCGACCUCCCCCAGCGAUUCUGGAAGAGUAUCAACAAACAGGCUCUCCAGUCUGGAACGCAGGACAUCAAGCAGGCCGGGUUGAAGGCCGGCAAAGAAGCAAAGUCUAUGAGCACAGCCGUUCAAGGGCUGACACUUGAUUCCUUCUUCGAGCCGACCCAGCAGCAAGAGGCAUUUAAGUCCGGUGCCAUGGCGGUUCAGAAACUCCUCAACUCGCCCUCUGCACAGACUCUGCUAAACCGGGCCGAUUUCAUCCAACAGUUUCUUUCUGAUCCGCAGAAAAUGGUUACCGAUAGUAUCACCACCCAACAAACAAAUUUCAUGCAACAGCUUGCAUUGGAGGAAGCACGGAGGCAGCAGAGCAAGAUAUCAGCUCCGUCGAGCGGGACGUUGCAAUCAGUCACCAAUGGGAUGGGGGCCAAAAGGAGCACUUUUUGGAAUGCAUUGGAAGCAGAAGAGAAGAGCAGACAAGGCUUGGUGGCGUCGACACCGGGUCCCAAGGGAUCAGGAGGUACAUUUUGGCAGGAACUUAAAGCUGCCGAAGAGAAGAAGAGCGCUCCCAAAGUGACGGAACGGGCGAUGAAUACGUUAGGAGGCCAGAGAGGUACCUUUUGGGACAACUUGAAAGCGGAGCAGAGUAGCCGAUAUGGCACGGUGAAGACUUUGUCAAGUAAUGCCUCGACGGCCGUGGCGUCUGAAACCUCGACGUCGACGUCGAGCAAAAGAACCGCACCCAAGCUUGGGACGGCAAAGCCACCUUCAAGGACUGCCAGUGCACUGGGCACCGGAAAAUCAACCAAGAGUUCUUCUGUGAAGUCUCCUUCAAAGGUCCCAAAUCAACAACCUCAACCAGCGGUGAGUUCAAUACCGGCAACUACCACAAAACCCGCGAGAGGUGGCAAGUCGACCGUUCCAAACCCGAAACCGGCGACAUCAGCGUCGUCGACUGUAUCGACGAACAAACCUGCACCGUCAAACCUGAAGCCGGCCAAUGCAUCUCACCCACCUUCGACCCUGAAAUCAUCACCUGCGAAAACAGCAGGUUCAAAAACGGCUCCGCCUCUAAAGUCCGGCCCCAAUACCACCAAGAAGGAUAUUGCUCCUGUCAAGAAAAUAGGGGCGCAACCCUCAUCAACGUCCGCUGUUAAGAAACCAGCAACUACAUCAACAUCCAGCUCCAAGGCGACACCUCCUUUAGCGAACCCAAAGGCAACGCCUGGUAAGACGUCAUCACAGACCCCUGCUCAGAUUAAGUCGAAGUCGAAUUCGACGCCAACGACGAAGACGACGACCAAAUCUAUCGCCUCUGGACCACCGAAACUCAAGUCCUGA